CACAUACUUAAUUCAAAAAAUAUUGGGAAAAAAGAAAUGGAGCACAGGGAAGAGUGUUGAUGGUGCAGAAGGAAAAGGGCUCGCAUUCCACCGCAGCUUCUGCAUUUAUUUCUUUUCUACCGAUUCAUUCAUGUGCAUUUACUGCUCUUCUGCACCUAAGCAACAAUACUCUUCAAUUCUUGUAUCCUCCCCAACUACAAUCCUGUAGCAAUGGCGCCAUGACAAUGAACGCAUAUGGUUUUUUUUUCAUAAUGAUUCAACACAGCCAAUUCUUGUUAUUUAUGUUUCGAUCAUCUAUUUAAUUUAUUGUGUUGUGUAUCUUACUAUAUUAUGGUUGUAUGUAUGCGCGCAUUUGGGGACUGUGGCAUUUUUUUAAUCUUGUUAUCUCUGCGGAAUUCCGGUUGAUUUUUCGGGUUUCUGAUUCAUAGAAACGGUGACGAAAGUCUGCUGCUGAGGAUAUUGGCAUCUUCUCCCCCUUUUUUUUCCUUUGAAAUUAUUUUCUUAGCCACAAUUUCCCCAUCUGGCAGAGAUAUACAAAACCAGCUACUGUAAUAAUGAGGAAUUUUGGCUUCUUGUUCAUAUUGUUGAUUGGGGCAGCUGCUUUCUUAUACCUUAGUUUUCCCAGCAAGGAAAGAGCUAUCAUCAAUCCAGGUAUGGUUUCAAUAGGCGGCAUGAAUGAUAUGGCUUUGAUGACUAAAAGAAGGAAGGUGAAGCAGCAAAACAUGGAUGAUUCUAGCAAAGAGGGCAAUGUUGAUUUGGAAGACUACCGCCCUAUUGAUCCAAUCCCCAGUUCGACAGCUUCCAUAAGACCUGGUCCGGUCCAGCACGGCACUCCUCUGAUGCCUUACAUCCCAAAGCCUUCUCCUCCUCCUAGUGAAGCCAAGCACGCUGAGUUUCCUUAACUGAUUCUAAUAUGCUAUAUACAUGAAGCAUAUAGUAGUAUAUUCAGGCUCUCUCUCUUUAGGUAUGCAUUUUCAAUAUUACACUUUGAUGUAGAUGCUUAUCAUCUUGUACGAAUCCUUGUAUUUGUAUAUGGAAAAUCUGUUUCAU